CCAUUAACUGAGACAAAUCAUAGGGCUUCUCCUAAUGCUGAAAUGCGUGUGAGCAGAAUCAAAAAUGAAACUGAAGCAGGAUAAAACAAUCACAGGAGGCUUGACUUUACUCAGAGACUCUGUGUUGCAUCAUGCAGAACUGUUUCAGCAGUUUCAUCUGCGUGGGGGAAACAAAGAAUGUAUUUUCUCUCCUGUGGCGGGACACAAGGCAUUUUUCAUCUAAGCACAAGCCAAAAGAAAGAGUAGCGUUACAAUCGGCGUUUCCUCUUGGAAGAAUUUACUCUUUAAUGUAUUCAAACCAAAUCUACAGUUAGGUUAUGCUGCACCACAAAUCCUGUGAAAUCAUGUACCGUGAAUGUAGCAUCAGUGAUUUGACGUUUUCCAACAGCUUUGGUGCUUUGAACGAGACGUAUGGGGCCUCAUUUCCAGGCUGUAAACGGGGCACCAGAGGUUAAAUAGUUCAACCGCCGAGUUGUACCCGACAGCCGUUAAUAUAAUCUCCCAAAAAAGGCCUUUUUAAAAAAUCUCCCCUGCUUUAUACUGUCAUAAUCAGGAAGGACGAGGUAAAGUGAAGAAAAAUAAACCGUCUAAUGCAGGGGGUGGGGUGGUGGGGGGGGAUCUCUGCAUUGCAGCAAAAAUGCUUUUUAAGAGGAAGAGGGGAGCCUGCACACUGUGAUCUGUGUGGCACAGCACAGCCGACCAAUAAUGUUCCACCCUGUUGGCCCUUCAGCCAAUUGCAGCUGCAGUGGAGGUUAAAGAUUGACAAUCGGAAGGAGAGCAGCAGGGAGAGCAAGGGCCUUCUGGAAAAUUCCACAGCCAUCUUUGAUUCACCCUGUACAGCCUUGUAUAAAAUCCAGUCUGGCUGAGGAGGAGAUAAAGACAGAGUCUGAUGUGGUAGAGGGGAUGGAUGCCUCCGCGCGCUCCAAAGACCCACCGGGGUUGGCAGAACGGACGGCGGGACCACAGAAACGAAAGGUGUCGAGUCCCACCCAUUCUUCCAAUGGACACUCUCCCGCAGACACCUCCCCCAGCCCCCUCAAGAAAAAGAAGAAGCCUGGGGCCGUCAACAGUAACAGCAAAGACCAGUCAGAGCUAAGACAUGGUCCCUUUUACUAUAUGAAGCAGCCAGCACUCACCACAGACCCUGUUGAUGUUGUACCGCAGGACGGCAGGAACGACUUCUACUGCUGGCUGUGCCACCGCGAGGGUCAGGUGCUCUGCUGUGAGCUCUGCCCCAGGGUGUACCACGCCAAGUGCCUCAAACUACCAGCCGAGCCCGAGGGCGACUGGUUCUGUCCAGAGUGUGAGAAAAUUACAGUAGCUGAAUGCAUUGAAACUCAGAGCAAAGCAAUGACAAUGCUGACGACAGACCAGCUUUCUUACUUGCUGAAAUUUGCACUCCAAAAGAUUAAACAGCCUGGGGUAAGGAUGGUUUCUGAGUCCUUUUCAUGUCCAAGAAUGUUUCAUGUUCUCACAAAAAAAAAGUCCAGUAGGUUUAUCGAUGAUGCUUGUGUGUUUUGUUUUGGACAGACUGAGCCCUUUCAGAAGCCCGUGUCUCUGGAACAGCACCCAGACUAUGCAGAGUACAUCUUCCACCCUAUGGACCUUUCUACUUUAGAAAAGAAUGUCAAAAAGAAAAUGUACGGCUGCACUGAAGCUUUUCUAGCUGAUAUGAAAUGGAUCCUACACAACUGCAUCAUCUAUAAUGGAGGUAAUCACAAAUUAACAGCCACGGCAAAAGUCAUUGUCAAGAUCUGUGAACAUGAGAUGAAUGAGAUCGAGGUGUGUCCAGAGUGCUACCUGUUUUCAUGCCAGAAAAGGGAGAACUGGUUCUGUGAGCCAUGUAGUCAACCGCACCCUUUAGUGUGGGCCAAGCUGAAGGGCUUCCCUUUCUGGCCGGCUAAAGCUCUUCGUGAAAAGGACGGGCAGGUUGACGCUCGCUUCUUCGGACAGCACGACAGAGCCUGGGUUCCCAUCAACAACUGCUACCUCAUGUCCAAAGAGAUCCCCUUCUCUGUCAAGAAAACAAAAAGCAUUUUCAACAGCGCCAUGCAGGAGAUGGAGGUCUACGUGGAAAACAUUCGCAAGAAGUUUGGGGUCUUUAACUACGCACCCUUCCGCACUCCCUACACGCCGAACAACCAGCUGCAGAUGCUGCUGGACCCCUCCAACCCCAGCGCCGGCGCGGUGAAGACCGAGAAACCGGAUAAACUCCGCUUCAACUUCGACAUCACCGCCUCCCCGAAGAUGGUCCUCAGCAAGAGCUCCACGCCCAGCGGCAUGAGCCGGCGGGUCUCAAUGACGGACAUGCCCCGGUCUCCCAUGAGCACCAACUCCUCAGUUCACACUGGGUCCGACGGGGAGCAGGAUAUGGAAAAGGCCAGCAGGAAUCCUGCCUUCCACUACAGCACCGGUGAAGAGUCAAUGGACUGUAGUGCCUCUCCAGUCUCGGGGAAAGCAGUGACUGGCAGCCCGAAGCCCCCCAACCCCGGACUGGUACCCAAACAGGAGAGGACUGCAGGCACAGGGAGCAUCCUCAACCUCAACCUGGAUCGAGUGAAGGCUGAAAUGGACCUGAAGGAGCUCAGUGAAACUGUGCAGCAACAACAACAGCACCAGCAGCAAGCAGUGUCGGCUGCAGUCCCAAACCCAAAGAGACCCAUCAGAAGUCUGGACAAGACGAUCGAAAGCUGCAAGGCACAGCUCGGGAUUGAUGAAAUAUCUGAAGACGUGUACAAGGAUGUGGAUCACAGUGACUCGGAGGACUCAGAAAAGUCAGACUCAAGCGACAGCGAGUUUCUCAGUGACGAGGAACAUAAGCCAAAGAGCGCCACCCCAGACGAAAAGGACAAAACAGAGAAGAAAAGGCCCAAAGGAGGCUCGGAGAGAGAGAAUAAAGAAGGAGUUGCACAGACAGGGGAUAAAGGCACCCCUGAACCCCUGCUCAAAGAGAAGCUCAGCAGCGGUGGUGCAGACCGAGACCACCAGGACAAACCCAGAACACCCCAGUCUCAACCCCUCGCUGAAAAGGCCAAAGUCCCCGAGGAGGUCAGAGCACCUGCCGCCACAUCGGCAGCUGAGCAGGACUCGGACUCUGAAAGGGAGCUGGUGAUCGACCUGGGAGAUGAACACGGAGUCCGUGACUCCAAGAGAGCCAAACGAGACCCCGGGUCCUCCGGCGCCAAAGCUCCCAAAGAAUCCAACGCCGGCAAGUUGGAAGCUUCUGCUCAGCCCGGUGCCACCACCACUGCCAGCGGCUCUGCCAGCGCCCCCUCUCCUGCCGCCACCACCAGCACCACCACCACCACCACAUCUCCGGCACCUGCAGCCGUGAAGAAGCAGCGCCCCCUACUGCCCAAAGAGACGGCCCAGGCUGUGCAGCGGGCCGUGGUCUGGAAUCCCACCAAGUUCCAGACGUCCUCCCAGAAGUGGCACAUGCAGAAGGUGCAGAGGCAGCAGCAGCAGCAUGGCGAGAAUGCGACUGCGCAGACGCAGGCUCCGGGCCAGGCGCAGACCCGCAGCCCCCAGCAGCCGCAGUCACAGCAGGGGAGCGGCUCCUCCAGCACCCGCUACCAGACCAGACAAGCAGUCAAGGUGCAACAGAAAGACCCGCCUCAGGGUGCGUCCUCGUCAACAGCUGGCCAGGUCACAUCUGGAUCCUCCCUGGUAUCGGGAGACCUGCAGAUCCCCACCGUCUCGGCAGAUGUAGCUGCAGAUAUUGCUAAAUACACAAACAAAAUCAUGGACACAAUAAAGGGGACAAUGACUGAAAUCUACAACGACCUCUCCAAAAGCACAUCAGGGAACACAAUUGCAGAGAUUCGACGGUUAAGAAUAGAAAUUGAAAAGCUUCAGUGGCUGCAUCAGCAAGAGUUGUCAGAGAUGAAGCACAAUCUGGAGCUGACGAUGGCCGAGAUGAGGCAGAGCCUGGAGCAGGAGCGGGAGCGCCUUGUGGCCGAGGUGAAGAAGCAGAUGGAGCUGGAGAAGCAGCAGGCGGUGGAUGAGACCAAAAAGAAACAAUGGUGUGCCAACUGCAGGAAGGAGGCCAUCUUCUACUGCUGCUGGAAUACGAGUUACUGCGACUACCCCUGCCAGCAGGCCCACUGGCCAGAGCACAUGAAGUCCUGCACGCAGUCGGCCACAGCCUCCCAGCAGGAACCAGAGGCGGAGCCCAGCUCAGACCCCGCAGCAAAACCAUCAGGCCUCUCUCCCGCCACACAGACCCUGCCCUCAGGCGCUGCAUCCACAACAGACAAAAGCAACUCCCCCACAUAUAUGGACAAAAGCAAGGACAGUGCUGGUGUUACUGUGACCUAACUACAACACUACAGGCUCUCUUUUUCUAAGGCCACUGUUUGGCUGGUGGCCUGAAACCUGGUGCUCCAUGGCCUGCACCUCUGUGACAAAUCACUUUUUUUCUCAUUCCUGUUUGUGCAUCUGCUUGGUGGACUUUUUUUUUCUUUCUUUUUUUUGGGUUCACAGUUUCUAUGUAUAAGUUCAAGUGCGUUCACCAUGUGAAAGUAGUUUGUCUCAAGACGUAAAUGUAAUUCUGUAUGUUUUCAAACUGUAAAAUUUAUGUUUGAGCUCUGUUACCACUGUUCCAGCUGUGAGCAUGAUUGUAUCAACCCACAGAAUAUUUCCUACAUUACCAACUUCAGCACUGCUCUACAGACUUGUUGGCUGUUUUAUUUCUGUGGUUCGUUCUCCAUAUUGAGAGACAAAACACUUUCAACAGUCUUCAACGGCGAAUAUACGUUUAUUAUGGUGCCAUCAGAGAUCUUUUCAGUUAUGCAACUUCCACCCAUCAUCUCAUCCACGUCUGCAUCACGAAAGCUGAGGCAUUUUUUGUAAUGCAAGUUCAAAGAUUACAUUUCAACAUUGUCGUCUUUCUGUUAGUGGUGGGCUUUUUUUUUCUCAUGCCAGUUUUGUAUUGCAGCUUCACAUUGUAUAGGCCUACAUUAAAAAAAAAUAUCGGAUUUAUAAAAAAAUAUAACUAAAAAAUUUAAACUGUACAAAGUUUUUUUUAAAAAGAAAAAUACCUGAACAAUAUUUAUAGUGUUAUAUGUUUUUAUAGUAUGUUUAUUGAAAUCACAUUUCUAUGUGUCUAAAAGAAGAAAAAGUUAUUUGAAAAGUUAAGUACUUUUCUUUGAAUGUCAGUUCUGAGCAAAGACUUUGUUGAACCGGUUAUCCAAAGCUGAUGUAAAUCCUGGUCAGACUGUGUCUUAAGAACUGGGUGGACAUAAAUAGAAACUGCGUUUUGGCUGGAUAUUAUUUCCUGUGCGCAUGUCUGUUUUGAACUUGUGUCUUGUUCUUGUUUACAUAUUGUACAUAAAGUAAAUGGAACCGUGAAGAGAAAAAAAAUAAAAAUGCACUUAUUAAUGUG